AUGAACUCCGCCACUUUCUCCAAUUCCAGAGCCUCUUCCCAUGCAAUUCCUCUCUCACACGCUUAUCGUCUUCAAUCCCCUCGUUUUUCUAUCCAUCUCCCGUUUAAGCGGUUGGGAUUAAACAGGAAUCGCUUAAUUGCCAGUUGCAGUUCUGAGUCUGAUGAUUCCGCUUCGAUUAACGGAAUUCAGUUUACACCUAACAAGCUUUUCGUUCAGGAGGCUAUUGGGGCUGAGUAUGGAGAAGGAUUUGAAACUUUUAGGGCAGAUGGACCGUUAAAAGUUGAUGUGGAUUACUUGAAUGAUAAUUUACAAGAAGGUAUUCUUCAGCGCAUUCGUUAUGCCGUUAAGCCGGAUGAGGCUUAUGGUCUUAUCUUCUGUUGGGACAAUGUGGUGGCUGAUACUCGAGCUCUAAAGAGGAAGGUAUGGGAGCAGCUGGCUUCUGAAGAGGGAAAAGAUAUUCCUAAAGCUAGUGAAAUUGAAAGGUUAAUGCUUCGUACAGGUGUUGAUCAUGUACUUAAUAGGUAUUUUCUCUCAAAUAAGGAAGAAAAUGAGCUGGAUAGACUGAAGUUGAGAUUUUCUCAAAUAUUUUAUGAUAAUCUUCUGAAACUUGAAAGACCAAUGGAGGGUCUGAAAGACUGGUUGGAAGCAGUUUAUAAUGCCCGCAUCCCCUGUGCUGUUGUUUCAAGUCUUGAUAGAAAAAAUGUGGUAGAAGCUUUGGAACGAAUGGGGCUCAAUAAGUACUUUCAGGCAAUUGUGACAGAGGAGGAUGGAAUGGAGUCGAUAGCUCAUAGAUUUCUCUCGGCUGCGGUUAAGCUUGAUCGGAAACCUUCCAAGUGUGUAGUUUUUGAAGAUGAUCCUCGAGGAGUAACUGCUGCGCACAAUUGCACAAUGAUGGCUGUAGCAUUGAUUGGAGCUUAUCCAGCGUAUGAUUUGGGGCAAGCUGAUCUUGCUGUCGCCAACUUCAGUGAUCUUUCAGUAAUCAACUUGAGGAGACUAUUUGCGAACAAGGGCUCUACAUUUAUGGACAGGCAGAAGCAGCAGAUCGUAGAUCAAAGUCCUCCGAAAAGGACACUUGGAAUAGACACCAUUUUCUGA